AAUCAGGUGUCCAUCUAAUGCACUUACAGUUUUCUUUUAUAAAUCAAAUGAAAAGUAGCCUAAAUAAAGAGCAAAAGUUAGAUAGUACAUUUAUCUAGAAUAUAUCAUUCUUUAUUAUUUAUGCAUUAUACCAUUGCAAUCCUGCUAGUAAUCCUCAUCUUAAACAAUUAUCAGUAAUCUGAUUACAUCACCUGUAACAUCAACCGCAACUCAAAUCCUUUACCUUCCUCCUCCUUCACCCUGCCUGUGCUCUUGGUAGCCAGCGGUCCAGACUUGGUGGCCACAGACGGAGCUGGAGCCGGAGCCUCGGCUUUGACUUCGGCACCCCAGGGUGAGAUGGCAUGCAGGGAGACGAGUUCCUGGAGGGCUUUACCCGACGACUUGAUGUCUGUGAGGAAAUCCUCGGAGACCACGCGCACGCCGGCGUCCCUCACUUCCUCCAUUUUCUUACUCAUCUUCUCUACCUCCUCUGUGAAAACAUUGAGGAGGAAGCAGGAGUUACAAAGGCAGCGAGGAAGAAAAUUUAGGGAGGACCAUGGAGAACACCACUGCACUGUUGAACCUCUACACGUUCCACCGAACUACAAAAGCAUCCGAUCUGUCGUCCGACUUCCUGCCGCCUUUCCAGAACUCCUCAGCUCCGUCCACUUCCAGCACCGCGUCCUCCCUUACUCCCCCCCCGCCUGCCGACCUGCUGAUCUCCCCUAACGUGGCGUACAUGGCGGCAGAGAUAGUCAUCGCCUUUCUCUCUACAGUUGGCAACUUGCUGGUGUGCGCCGCCGUGGGCCUCAACCGCAAGCUACGCACCGUCACCAACUACUUCCUGGUGUCGCUGGCGGUCGCUGACAUCUGUGUGGGGGGGAUCGCCAUACCCUGUGCGGUCCUGACCGAUAUCGGGUUACCGCGUUACAACUUUCCUCUGUGUCUGCUCAUGUUGAGCGUGUUGAUCAUGUUCACGCAGAGCUCCAUCUUCAGCCUGCUGGCGGUGGCGGUGGAGCGCUACGUGGCUAUCUUCAUGCCUUUCCGCUACAAUGCCCUGAUGACGCCGCGCAACGCCGUGUUGGUGAUCCUCUUCACAUGGCUGUUGUCCUUCCUCAUCGGGCUCGUUCCCAUGAUGGGCUGGCACAAGACGCCGCCGGUUUCAGGCCACUGUUUCUUCACUGCGGUGGUGGACAUGACCUACAUGGUUUAUUUCCUCUUCUUCGCAUUCGUGCUGACCCCCCUGGUGAUCAUGUUCCUCAUCUAUGCCAAGAUUUUUUUGACGGUCAAGCGGCAGCUGAGGCGCGUCGCUACGAAGCAGAACGGGGGAGGGCAGGGGACAGCCAGCAUGCGGAGAGAGAUGAAGACCGCCACCACACUCUUUCUGGUGCUUUUCCUCUUCACAGUCUGCUGGAUGCCGCUACAGGUCAUCAACUGCUUCCUGCUGCUGUGCCCACGCUGCCCUGUGCCGCUCGAGCUGCUGCUAGCUGCCAUCCUCCUGUCGCACGCCAACUCUGCCAUCAACCCCUUCCUGUACGCGUACACCAUGACAGCCUUCAAAGACACCUUCAAGCGAAUUCUCAUGUGCAGCAGGACGGCGGGAGAGAGAGAUGCUUCGAAUGCAGCCAGCGGUGUGGAUAGAGAAGGAGCGACCAUCCGACACUAGAGC